GACGGACUUGAGUUAGCAAUAUUUGCAUUUAUAUUAUUUGAUCAAAGAGCGAACUAGUAGUUGUCCGAAACUGUUUGUAUGUGUACUCAUCUAUGAAGGGUCGUGCAUGUAUUUUCAUAGUGUCCAUUAAAAUAUGAUUUCCUGCCCGCCUGUCGUAUCGGUUUAUCAUCAUAUUUUGUUUUAGCCACAUAAUUGUUUUCUGCGGACUUAAACGGAACGUUGGUUAGCUAACGUUAGAAACGUUAACAAACAUUUCUUGAAUGUUGACUGUGCACCUGUUUGUCGAUAUGCACUGAUAUGUUGCCUAGUGUGCAUGUGCGAACUAAAAGCUACACUGACAGCAAAAAUAAAACAAGCGUAGCUGCAGUGCCAUCAACUGGAUCAUUUUAGGCCCGCGGGAUGGCUGCUGCACAACCUGCAGCCGGACCAAGUACCUCCAAGAUGGAUCUCAUUGAUAUCUACAGUGACCAGAAUCAAAACGAGGAGGAUUUGGACAGAAUCGCUGAAGCAAAUGAACUUUUUGAUGCUGUUCUGACUGGCUCAGUCAAUCUGGAAAAGAAAGUUACCACAAAUGUGACCCCUCCUCAUGGUAAGGAGAUGCCAGCUAAAGAGGAGGAUAAACAAGAAACAGUGAAAACCCCAAAAGGAGGAAACUCACUGAGAAGAUUAUCUUUAUAUAUUGGAAAUUUCCCCUGGUGGACAUCUGACAAGGACCUUUCAUGCAUGGCCCAAACAUUGGGUGUGAAGGACAUCACAGAGAUCAAAUUUGCAGAGAACAGAGUUAAUGGCCAGUCAAGAGGCUACGCAGAAGUGGUGGUGACCUCGGAAGAGUCCUUAAAAAUAUUGUUGGAGAAAAUACCCCAAUGUGAACUGAACGGGGAAAGGAUAGACUGUCGCUUUGCUACUCGUCAGAAUCUCACUGUGUUUGAGGACAUAGCAAACAAACGUAUACCCCUGCGUGUUAAUUCCAAAGAUCCCAAAGACUCUCCAGAUUCUUCUGAUAAAAUUCCCUCAUUAUUAUCACAGGAGCCCAGCCCUCCCACUAUACCCCCACUUUUUCCAUCACAUCCACUCGCAAACAGGUUUCCCUCAAUACCCAGCCCGUUCCUUAGCCAGCCACCUCCUCCCUUCCCACGUAUGCCGCCGAACAUCCCUCCACUCCUGCCACCCCAUUUGUUCCCUCCCCAUCCAGUCCAUGUUCCUAGCCAGCCACCUCCCAGUCUUCAUAUAAAUCCGGCAUUUUUCACCCCACCACAAGACGGGCACAGCAGCAAAGUUUACAGCCAACAAAAACACACACCUAAAAGUACAGAUGGAGACUUUGAGGAGCUAAUGAACAGAAAUAGAGCUGUUGCCAGCAGUGCCAUCUCCAAGGCUGUGUCCGGAGCAACAGCUGGAGACCUGCGGGUGGCCAUGGAGACUCUAUUAACUGCCAUUGCCAUCAUUAAGCAGUCCAGAGUGUAUGGAGAUGAACGCUGCCAGGCCCUGGUUACCUCACUUAAAGACUGUCUAGUCUCCAUCCAGGGCAACUACGGUUACAGGAGUAGCAGUCGUUCAGGGGAUAAAGAAAGAGACCGGGACAGGGGUCGUGACAGAGAGCGAGAGCGUGACAGAGAGCGUGACAGAGAGGAUUCUUCCGGUUGGGAAGGUGCAGGAAUGUCUCGAAGACACAGAGACCGUUCCAGAGAGAGCGGAGAGAGGGACAAGGAGCGCUCACGGGAGCGGGACAGGCACAGAGAUCACAGAGACCGCUACCGCUAAUUUGAUUGGUGGAAUGUCAACAGAGCGAAGACGGGACUUUUUGUUUCUGCACAAAGUUGUAUAAAAACCUGGAUGACUUUAAGGUGAGAGUGACAGUGUAUCCCCAAAAGUCUAAAGUGUACUUCUUUUCUCCAGUUAUCUGUACAUAGUGGGACUUCUACUUGUUUAAAAGAAUGUGGUUGUAGAUUUGUUGUUGGGACAUUAAAAUCUGUUUGCAUGCGCAGGACACCUUAAUAACUUAUGUAAUACUGUGUAAUGUUUUCAUCACUUUCUUUUGUAUUAAAUCUACAGAUUAAAAAACACUCCCCUAAAAAUAAA